GUUAGUAUCAUACAUGUAGCUUGAAUGGAAAAGAUUAGGAUCAAGCCUAGGAAUCCACACACAGACGAGUUUUCUGUCCUUGAUGUAUUGGUAAGAGAGUUUGAAAUUAAACUAAUUGAAGAAGGGGGUAAGAAACCAAUAAAUAAAGAUGGAGCGUAUUAUAUUGCUAAAACAAAACCUGGAAGUUUCACAAAAAUUCAGAAAAAGCUGCUUCAAAACAAAGGGAACCUACAAGAAUGGGAAUUCAAACUACUUCCAUCAGCAACAGAUCAGCCAACAAUGAUAACAGGUCAGUCAACAAUGAAAAAAGGUCAGUCAACAACACUUACAGCAGAUCGGUCAACAAUGACAAAAGGUCGGUCAGCAACACUUGCAACAGAUCAAUGCGUACUGAUCAAUAUAACCUACUCUGAUAAAAAGGCUUUCAAAAAGUUACCUACUGCCAAAAAUUUAGCACAAAAAAUCAUAGAUGCUGCUCAUGCAGCUACAACUACAGACAAACGUAGUUUGGCUGAUUUCAACUAUGCUUUCACAAUCACUAAGGUGGAUUUAUGUUGCUUUCAUUGUUUCCAAACCUCACAGCCACCACCUGCAAAGAAGUCAUCAUUGCUUGUCAAAGUUGAAGUGGAAUAUCCAUCGUCUUAUUGUGAUCUCGAUGGAGAAACUUUCUACUACGAGUUUCUAAGUGAUAUUCUGAGUGAUGAUUGCUGGAUAUGCUGGAAAUCUAAUGGAGCCACAAGUGAUGGAAUCAUACUUUGCUCAAAUUUGAAAGCGAUGAAAAAAGUGUAAUAUGAAGAGACAUCAGUUUGAGCAUAAAACUAAUGUAUUUACUUCACGCUGUUAUAGACUGUAUUUACGUUUUUUAAUUUUCACUGUAGCUAGAUUUUAAAACUACAUGUACACUAUAAGUAAAAAAAUCCUACUUUCCUUAGCUACCAUA